AGCGCCGGUGACACCAAUGGACAUAGGUUACCAUUAGCCCAGUAGGUUAGGGCUCAAUUGUCCACCGCUUGUGGGAUAGGCUGACGCCUCCGACACCAAUGCCAGCAAGGCCGGCACUAUCCAUCUGAAUGACAGUACUGUGCUCCCGGUCUACCUGGUCGUGUUGGGUAUCGGCGUGCGUCCGGCCACUGAUUCCUGCACAGCAACAGCAGGUCAUACUGCGCCGAGCAAUGGCACAAAGUCAGGCAAUUUGUCUUACAGCAGCCCUCGCCAUAGCUCAAGGCACCGAGAUGAAUUCUCCGGGUAUCAAUGCCGACAUGAUUAGUAUGGCCGGUCACCAAAUGACAUGAAAACGCAUGGCUCAAGCUCCACCCCACUGGGUGAGUGUGUGGAAAUCAAAUAAGUCACUUUCCCCAGACGAGCCUUCUUGAACCAAUAAAACCUUAUAGGCAUCGCAAGAGGGGCGGUAAGUUCGACCUACUCUAGUGCCUUAGUGAGACUUGUUUGGGAUGCCUUGGAUAAAGGACACAUGAAAUAGUUCAAGUGAAUCUGAGCUGUGUGUCGUGCAUACAUUGCGCCAUCUAUGCAUGUUCAAUGCGUGCCAAGGUGGUAGAUAACAUGAACUUACCGCAAAACGCAGGAG